AUGAAGAGCUCACCUGUGCCCAAUAAUUCCUCCGAAACCAUGAGUCUCACCAGUCUCAUACCCACUCUAAAUCGCAACACCAUUUCAACCUCACCACUGCUCCCCAGUAACAUUAACGCCUUAAAAAGACCAAACUUGUCUUCUCUAACUCCACCUAUCUGUUCUGUUCUAAAUACCAAACCCGUUACAAUUUCAAAUCAACUAACCCACAUACCCAAUCCUUCCUCAUGCCCAAUCAGCCCACACCAAUCCCCUUUCUCCUCAUUAAAACUACCCACUAAAGGCCCACUAGACCCCUCUUCCAUCCCAGCUCGUCAGCCUUUAAAAAAUACACCCACUAAGCCCAACUCAAGCCCGUCUCACCCAACUCAUCAAUUUACGCAUAGCCCAUCAAGGCCAAACCUAUCCCCCCUCACUAACCCACGUUCACCAACACUUAUUAAUCCGUCUAUGUCAUUUUCCAUUGACCUAACUUCCUAUAACCUUCCUCUCAGCCGUCAAUCACCUCCCAAAAUCCAUUCCCCUAAAUAUCCAUCCCUGCCACAGCAACAUACCCUUCAUCCAAUGUCAGGCCACCCCAACCACGUCGAUGAUCCACAGCCAUAA